GACAGGACGCAUGAGUUUUGUCAAAAACCGGCCAUUUUAUUAUCCGCGGUUCCUUUGGGCGGCGAAAGAGGCAUCUUGUACAGCCGAGAGCUGCCGUGUCAAGCAAGCGGGCUACCACGCCGCCAAGUGCAAAUAAGGACCGAUCUCUCACUCGCGUUGGUGCCGAUGGAGAUCCUGAACGGGCUAGCGGCGCUGCUGAGCCGCCUCCUGUUCGCCGUGCAUGGCUUGGUGACGGUGCACCAGGUGGUUUUGGUGAAGGUGGAGCCCCUGUACUGGCUGCUGCUCACCGGGGUGGCCCUGCUGGCCGUGGAGAUGGCCGUCACGCUCAAGUGCCCCGGGAAAGCAGAGAGGGAGUGGUUCUCCCCGGUAGUUUUCCUGUACCUCAGUACUGUCGUGCCCUCCAUCUGGUUCCUAGAGCUGAACUUACUGCAGUCGAACGCCUCCAACGUGGACCCCAACCUCCAUCUACCCCGCAAAUUCCUUCUAAUCACCAAUACAUCGCUCAUGUCACCAACGCACGAAGACUGGGCUGAAGGGCUGGAGCAGACCACACUAAUCGUGCUAGUGCUGGGACGCUGGCUGAUGCCCAAGGGGGAGAUGACCCGGGACGAGCUCUCCCAGCUCCUCAUGAUGUACGUGGGCCUGGGCGCGGACAUCCUGGACAUCUUCGACACCUUCAGGCAGCCCAAGGUCAAGGUCAAGCGCAACGUCAUUCUGGUCGGGCUCAGCCUCUUCACCUGGGCCUUCAUGCAGUUCCCCCUGGCGCUGACCCAAACCGGCGACUCCAAGUCCAAAGACCAGCCUGAGAGUGACCGCAGCCCCCCAGAAGACUGGCGCACCACCUACUUCUCCAGCGAAGUGUUGAACCUGCUGCUCGUCAUUGUCCUACAAGACGGGCCCUUCCUGGUGUUCCGCCUCUACCUGAUGCUCCACGUGACGGUGCUCAACCAGCUGAUGUUAUUCUUCACCUGCAAGAACAUUCUGGUCGUCCUGCUGGAGUUUUACCGCAUCCAGGUGAUCUGGAAAAAGAACAGCUCAGCCGCCAGACGAGGAGAGCGCAGAUCAGAGCCGUCAGCCAUAGACUGCAUGAGAUGCCUUUUGGCAUGAGUCUGCCUGGGGGAUCUCCCGCAAAGCCUACACGAAGAGUUCAAAGAACACAGGCGAAUAUAUCAAGCUCGGCUGCUGGCACACUGCAAAACAUCUGAAUAAUGCUAUGGCUAAAUUAUCAUUGUUAUGGAACAACAGAGGCUUCUUUGCAUGAUAGUUACAGAACAUUAUUCUGUGUUAUACGCAUUACAGAUAUUACAGACUUGCAAUUGCAUUAAAUAUUUUCAGAUUUUCAGGCGUUACAGUGCAUCAACUUUGCUUACUUAGUCAUCCAUCCAUUAGACGGCAUCCAUCCUCAUUCCAAUUAUUGUCUCUGAACUACAUUGUAUAAACACUUACAUUAUGUAGUAAUCAUUAUUAAAGGCUAUCAUUUUGUGCUUAUAUUUUAUCAGAGGACAUUUUAUAUAGUAAAGGAAACCUUCUUUAUUAAAAGUGAUGAGCAUUUAAACAAA